AUGGCCUCUCGCGUACCAGCUUACAUUCGCACCACCGCCAAAGCAGCUUCUGCCAUCAGACGUGUUCCCAUCACCAACGCAGCACAGAAUGCUUCCCUGAAGCUCCGUCCCAUCCACAUCCCAACGGAGACGCCUGGCCCUCUGGCCCCCCGGCCAGCAUGGGGUGCAGGGACUGAUCUGCCCCAGACUGUCCCCGUGGCCGGUGCUGCGGAAGAUGUCGUUGGCCUGGGAGGAGCAGUUGCCGGCCACCAGCAGCCACAGCAGAGAGCACUCGACAGGCUGCCAAACAAGGAUCUCCUCCGCAGCAUCGCCAUCCAGAGUGCCAUGUCCCGGCCUUUUCUCAUGGACAUCGCCUCCAACCUGCUCAAGUCGAACCUGAAGCUCAUCACCGGGAAUCCGGUUCUCAGCUACCUGCUCGACAAGGUCUUCUAUGCCCAGUUCUGUGCUGGUCGAAACGAGGCCGAGGUCAGGCAGACCGUCGCUGGUCUCAAGGCCAUGGGAUACCGUGGUGCCAUCCUCUCUUAUGCCAAGGAGGUUGACACCCACCACGGCUCUGACCAGACCGGCAGCCCGGCCGAGAUGGAGGCCCUGCACUGCACCCAAGUCGCCCAGUGGCUCGACGGAACCCUCAAGACCAUUCAGUACUCCAACUCCGGUGAUCUGGUCGCCAUCAAGUACUCUGGCGCCGGACAGGGGGCCGUCCAGCUGCUCGAACAGGGUGCCGACGUUGAUCCCAUCCUCGGAGACGCCCUCGAGCAGAUCUGCGCCAGGGCCAAGGAGAGCAAUGUCAGGGUCUGCGUUGACGCUGAGCACUAUUCCCAGAAGAAGAGUAUCGACUCCUGGACCAUGGACCUGAUGCGGAGAUACAACAAGGACGGUGAGACCGUCAUCUACAACACCUAUCAAAUGUACCUUAAGGAUUCUCCAGCUACCCUGGCCAUGCACUUGCAGCGUGCCAAGGAUGAGGGAUUCACCCUGGGUGUCAAGCUGGUCCGGGGUGCUUACAUCAACUCUGACCCACGCCAUGUCAUCUUUGACACCAAGGAGCAGACCGACAAUGCCUUUGACGAGGCUGCCCGGAUGCUCGCCACCCAGCACAUCGAUGACCACUCUGCCCCAAAGAUCAGUUUAGUACUUGCCAGCCACAAUAAAGAGAGCACCAGUAAAAUUCGGGCUCUACGACAAGAGCAGAUCAGACACGGCCUUCCGCUCGCUGACGUCAUCUACUCCCAGCUCAUGGGAAUGGCUGAUGAACUCUCCAUGAGCAUCACACAGUCCACUAGCGAUGUCGACGAGGAUGCCCAGGUGUACAAGUACGUCGUCUGGGGCUCAACAGAGGAGUGCGUCAUGUACCUCCUCCGACGCGCAGAAGAGAACCGAGAUGCAAUUGAGCGCUCAAACGCAAGCCAGACAGCCCUCUGGCACGAGCUUCGAAGCCGGCUUGCCCUAUAA